UGGCGUCGCGGUCGUCGUCGGCGGCGGUGGCCGGAGCGCUGGCAGCGACGGCGGAGCGGCUGGAAGUGAAGGGAGGGAUGAGGCGGGCGAAAGGCGGCAGCGCGUAGCGGGCGGCUCCCGGCCUGCGGGAGACAGAGAGAGACAGAGAAAGAGACUCCUGCGGGGAGGCGGGUCCCGCUCCGUCCCCCCCGUCCUUCCCCUGCCCGCCCCUCGCGGGAGCCGCGGCGGGUCCUUCCCGGCGCCGCCACCCUGCCCGCCCCCGCCGCCUCAGCCCUCUAGGCCGCGGGCCUCGCCGUCCCUGCGGCCUGCCCCCGUCCCCUCCCCCUCAGAGCGGAGGAUGAUGAAGCUCAAGUCCAACCAGACGCGCACCUACGACGGCGACGGCUACAAGAAGCGGGCGGCCUGCCUGUGCUUCCGCAGCGAGAGCGAGGAGGAGGUGCUGCUGGUUAGCAGUAGUCGUCAUCCCGACCGAUGGAUUGUCCCUGGUGGUGGCAUGGAGCCCGAGGAGGAGCCCAACAUGGCUGCUGUGCGAGAAGUCUGUGAAGAGGCUGGAGUGAAAGGGACAUUAGGAAGAUUAGUGGGAAUUUUUGAGAAUCGGGACAGGAAACACAGAACAUACGUUUACGUGCUUAUUGUCACAGAAGUGUUGGAGGACUGGGAGGACUCUGUCAAUAUUGGAAGGAAAAGGGAAUGGUUUAAGAUAGAAGAUGCCAUAAAAGUUCUGCAGUAUCAUAAACCAGUGCAGGCCUCGUAUUUUGAAACCUUGAGGCAAGGUUGUUUGGCAAACAACGGCACUCCUGUCAUGACCACGACAUACUCUGAGAGCUCUGUGUCUGACAUCAGAUGACUGAAGACGUCCCUAUGAGAGAAAUUUUGAAAAAUAGACUGAAAAAUGGAUUUCCCUCCCCCAUCCCCUUUUUCACAUGCCUCCUCUAUCAAACAAGGCAUGGGCAGCAGCCUGUGGCAGAGCAAAUGUUAAGAGUGCUGCAAUUUAGUGCAAGGUGGGAUUUUUUUUGUUAGAUUUUUUUUUUUCCUUUUCUUUUUUUGGAUAUGUAUUUUGUAAAAUACAUUUUGUGCAUGAAGUGCCCCUUUCCCGUUACACUGCUUCCAUGGUCUGGAGAGCGAGGCUGCCAGUUUCGCCUCUGCCUUGUGUUCUGAAGUGUCCCGUUUGUGUCAUCCCAGCCAUAGCCACUUUUUUUUUUUUUCAUUUCUUUUUUUUUUUUUUAAUUAAAAGACUUCAAAUGUGAGAUCAGCUCUUUAAGUCUUAGUCUGUACUGUAAGGUGCUGUUCAGACCUGUGUGUUGGUCACUUUCAGCGCAUGUGUAUAAACUUUUUUUAGAUGGAGGAUCUAACAUUUUAAUUUUGCAGGAAUUUUUUAAAUCCUGUUCUUCUGAAAAGAAGGGUUCAUAAUUAAUCUGUUUGCCUUUUUGUUCUGUUUUUUAAAAAUACACGUUCUGUGACAGUGCUAGUGGCUGGGCCAGUUUACUCCCCUUUCAGUAUCUCCCAAUUUAGUGCAGUGACACUUGAAGUUGAGGGCAGAGUUUUGAUCAUCUGCAGACAUCCCUGCUGCUCAAUUCCUUCUCCUACAGCUUCUGCCAGUGUUUCUGCUUUUACAUCAAAAUGAAACAAAAAGAAUUGGUCUUUAUCACUUGGCCAAAAAGAAAUAGCCUCAGAUACGCUAUGAUAGAAACUGAAUUUCAUUGUCUGUGGUAGGAAUCAGGGAUUCAGAGUGGGGUCAAAGUCUGACAAACUGGAGCGUCAAUCACCAAUGCUGUUCUGCUGAUCCUGCUGCAUUUUGCUGAUGUCUCUUCUUGUCCACAUGCCUUAUACCGUGCUGAACUGGAUAUUGUAAUUUGUGCUAAAGCAUCGGAUUGUACUUACUGAGUGUUAUUGCACGAACCCUUGGUUGGAUAACCGUGUGUGUCCGUGAAAAGAAGUCCCGAGGGAAAAAUUCAGGUGUUCGAUCUCUUGUCCUGUGGUUCUGCAGCACUUGCAAUUGCACCGUGGAGCAUGCUCAGAAUGUUUAAACUCUCCCUCCGUGAAAGGUACAACUGACUCCCGAGCAGAAAUGCUAGCUGGAGAAGUACACCCUUUAGUAGGAUAGUUCCCCUGAUGCAUUGGCACACUUCACACUUUUUUGUUGUUUUUAUUGAUGUAAGUUUCAUGCUGUCUUGAUUUGCCAACAGUGUUGUCUAGUUGGGAAAUAAAAUGGGAAAGGGGUGGGGGUGGGGGGAUAGGUACACAUUUGGGAGGGGCAUUAAUUAAUCCCUGGCUUGGGACAAGAGGUAGUUGCUGAAUUCAGUAACAUCUCCUUUGUCAGAGCAUAGCCAAGAUGUGAAAUUAAAUCUGCAGUACUCUUUUUCUCCUUAUUUAACAAAAAAAUAUUCUAAUAAAUACUCACUGUUCCAGAGUUUUCUCUCUUCCCGAGAAGCGCUUACAUAUGAAAAUCUGAUAGAAAUAUCCAUGGAGCCUGGGACUAGGGGGAAUGGUAUCCUUGCUGGUUUGGCAAGAAGCUGUUCAUUUUAAGACCCUAUUCUGUUCCUUUACUUGUUCUCCCUGCUUUCAUGAGUGUGGAGUAGCAAGGCCAAAAGCAGUGCCAGUGAUCACCAACAUGAAAAACCAUGCAUAAGAAAAAGCUGAGAGGCAUUAUUCAAGCAGUAGCUUGAAACCGAGCAUCUGGAAUUGAGCCUAAAUUACGCCAGUUCACUUCUACUUCGAGACGAAUGUACAAUCCUUUCUUACUCUCUGCUGAUCGGUCUGAACCAAACUCUCAAAAGGGCUUGAAAUCUGUAUCUGGAAACGCGUAAGAAAUUCAAACAGUCCGCUGUUACCAAGCCGUGAGUGGCAUCUGACACAGCCGUCUACUGCCUUCAGCUGAGUGGUUUUUUUUCUUUUUUGUCUUUAUUGUACAGAUUAGUAUGUUGAAAAAGCUUUGCAACAAAACAGCUGGUACUCCUGAAAGAGUAACUGCAGUUUUAAUAUCAAUAGCAUGCACACUUUUGUUUUUUUUUAAACUAAAAAUGUUUUUACAGGGCUGUUAAACUGACAAUUUAGGGUAGAAUAUUGUUAAUGACUUGCUAAUGGCUUAUUUGUUUGGGUCAGAAAAAUAAAUUGUGCCAAGAAAGUG